AUGAAUUGCGCCAAUGCAAUUGGCACUUUCUGGCCAACCCUCCCUACAGCCCCAAAGCUGCUCAAGGGUCCGCAACUCUUCACAGCACAUUUCAGAGCUGACUCCAGGGAGUAUUUUUGUUCAGACACCCGAGCCCGCCUCCACAAAAUAAAGCCGACGCGAGGGGAGCCGGACUGGGAGGCGCGGCAGCGGGCAGCCGAGGACGCGAGCCCGCCUUUCAGGGAGGGCACCUACGAGCUGCUCGCUCUGCUGAUCGCCACCAUCGGCCUCCUGGGCUUGUGCAACAACCUGCUGGUGCUGCUGCUCUACGCCAAGUUCAAGCGGCUCCGCACGCCCACCAACCUCUUCCUGGUGAACAUCAGCCUCAGCGACCUGCUCGUGUCGCUCUUCGGCGUCAGCUUCACCUUCUUCUCUUGCCUGAAGCGGCGCUGGGUCUGGGACGCCGCCGGCUGCGUGUGGGACGGCUUCAGCAACAGCCUCUUCGGCAUAGUUUCUAUCAUGACCCUCACCGUCCUGGCCUAUGAACGUUACAUUAGAGUUGUGCAUGCAAGAGUGAUUGAUUUCUCAUGGUCUUGGCGGGCAAUCACAUACAUCUGGCUCUAUUCGUUAGCCUGGACGGGAGCCCCUCUCCUCGGCUGGAACCACUAUGCACUAGAAAUACAUGGAUUAGGCUGUUCGGUGGACUGGAGGUCAAGAGACCCCAAUGAUUCCUCCUUUGUCCUCUUCUUCUUUCUUGGUUGUUUAGCAGCGCCUGUAGGGAUCAUGGCUUACUGCUAUGGACAUAUUCUUUAUGCAGUACGAAUGCUUCGCAGUGUUGAAGAUUUGCAUACUAUCCAAGUGAUCAAAAUCCUCAGAUAUGAGAAGAAAGUGGCUAAAAUGUGUUUUUUAAUGAUAACCACAUUCCUUGUUUGUUGGAUGCCUUAUGCUGUAGUCUCUCUUCUGGUAGCCUAUGGAUAUGGUCACCUUAUAACUCCAACAGUGUCUAUUGUCCCAUCUUUCUUUGCCAAGUCAAGUACUGCCUAUAACCCAGUUAUCUACAUUUUCAUGAACAGAAAGUUUCGAAGAUGUCUUAUGCAGCUUUUCUGUGUUCGGCUCCUAAGGCUUCGGAGGAGCCUGAAAAAAAGACCAGUGGAAGAUAAUGACAAGCCCAUCCAGUCCAUAAUCAUAUCCCAGAAAGCAGGAGACAGACCAAAGAAGAAAGUGACUUUUAGCUCUUCCUCUGUCAUUUUCAUUAUCACCAGUGAUGACUCGCAACAGAUUGAUGACAGUACCAAACACACAGGCACAAAAAUAAAUGUGAUCCAAGUGAAGCCGCUAUAGCCAGGGAUAUUCUUGGGACUUAAAUGGACUUCUGCUAGCAGAACUAUUUUGCUUUGAAGACAGCUUCUGUGGUACAGUCGGUAAAUCAGGCAUCCUCUUUGAGAUGUGAAAUACAGAAGCAAUUCAGGCUGUAAUUGUCUGCUUGCUCACUUCCUGAGUGUAAGUCCUGUUGAACUCAGUAGGAUUUACUUCAGAGUAGAUGUGCACAGGAUUGCACUCUCUGUGAUUGGGAGCUGUGUACCAUGUGGAUUGUUAUGAAAUAAUGCCAUAUGGCUGAAAGUUGGAUUUAUUUUUACGUAGAGUAUUUAUUUUUCCAUGUCCUGUGUUGGUUACCCCACUCCUUGCUGCAGCUGCACUGUAGCCAUGCCAGAGAAUAAAAAAGCUCUUCAAAUAGGCAGUAGUUUCUUCA